GGCCACCCGGUGCAACUUUGCCCUCAGCCCAGAGGUCCAGCUCCUGGCGGCCUUACGCUUUUAUGCAGUGGGCAGUUUUCUGGAGGUGGUGGGAGACGGAAACGGGCUCAGCAAGGCUUCGGUAUCACGGAGUGUGGAGGCCGUGACCAACAUCCUCGUGCGUCAUGCCCAAGCGUACAUCAAGAUGCCUGCAAGGAGAGAGGAGAUACAGCAGACACACCAGGGCUUCCACGCUGGGGCCGGCAUUCCCCAGAUGUUCAUCUUUCGUAAGGGGUAUGCCGCCAUCAACACCCAAGUGGUGGUGGACCACAAUGGGCUCAUCGUGGACGUCGUGGCGAAGUGGCCAGGCAGCACGCACGACAGUUACAUCUGGGCCAACUCAGCUGUGGGGCAGGAUGCUGCCAGGGGAGUGUUCGGCAGGGGUUUUUUCCUCGGAGACAGUGGCUACCCCUUCCGAACCUACCUGAUGACACCAGUGGCGAAUCCUGUAACACAAGCUGAGCAGGAUUUCAACGAUGCCCACAUCCGCACCAGGGGCCUCGUAGAACGCACAAUUGGCCGUUGGAAACACCGAUUCCGCUGCAUUCAUCGGUCGGCGGGAGGGCUGAAGUUCAACCCUGCAAAGUGCUGUGCGGUCAUUGUUGUAACAGCAAUGCUGCACAACAUUGCUGUGCGCGCACGAGCGCACAUGCCUCUGGAGGAUAAUGAGGAUGAAGAGGAUGAUGACGCCGAAUGUGACAACCCUCCUCCCCCUGAACAUUGUGCAGCACAAUACAACGCCGGUUUUCAGGCCAGGCAAAAUAUAAUAAACAUUUUUGGCUGA